AUGUAUCAACAAGACCAAGUAUAUGAAAAUGACCUGUUUAAUAACAAGGUAUCACCUGCCAGUCUAAAAGACGUUGCUUGUCAACCAGCUUCGGUCACCUUGUCACCCUUCUCCUCACCCGAUGACUCUGACCUACAGUAUUCUUGUGAAGAUCUCAAUACUACAUUUAGUCAAACAAGCAUUGACCCUUUACUAAUUGAAGAAUUGAAUCAACCCGAGCUAGAGAAUACUCACUUGCCAUCGCUUAAUGAUUUGCUUUUUCAGUUUCCCGACCUCCCAUCAUUUGUUGAUCAUGAUCCAGAAAACAGACCCUAUGUUCAAUCUUGGCUUGAGUCCACAGCUUUGCAAAUUCAUUACAUGAUGGUUACUAUCGCAAAAUCAAGCAAUACUGUACCAGCAAACGUAGAAGCCUCGCCGCGUCGUAUGUUUUCUGCUUUACGCCGACUCAAAGAUCGUAUUGAAAUCAUGCAUCAAGUGUUCCAAAUUAUAGAAAAUGGUCGUGUCUCCUUCGGUCAAAACCCCACCGAAGCUAUUGAGCCUUUAAUUAAGGCUGCUCUGGAAAUCAAACGUAAUGUCUCUUUCCUAUCCAACCAGUCGGAAAAAAUCCCUGUUAUCACGAGAGACUCAGUCAACCUGGUGAACCCCGAUCAAGUGACGAUGAAUGAAAUUUCUGACUCUGUCAUGGAUACGUAUAACUUGAUGCCAUAUAACAACUCUAGUACGACUGCUGCAAAUAACCUUAUAUCAGCUCCAAGUGGCCAACAGGAUUUCACUUUGUUUACGCAUAUUCAACCUGAUUGGAUUCAUCAUCAAACAACUUCUUUACCCGUGACUCCGUCUUUAAGUGCGAAUAAUAAUAAUAUGUUGAAUCCUUUCUUUUCGUUGCCUGCUUCCCCUACAUGUAUCCCUCAAGAAACUCCUUCGGUAGAUGGAACAGUCGGCACACCUUGCAAUACUGUACGUGACUCAAGCAUGUCACCCUAUCACCCCAAUUCACCUCUGAAUACUCUGAGCGAAUUUAACACUUCUGAUUUUGAAAUGGAGGAAGAUGUCAAUAUCGAAGACGACGAAGAUUAUAUUGUAUCUGAUGCUGCAGAGGAUGAAGAUUGGAAAGAAAGCAAGAAAUCUCGACAGAAACGAGCUUCUAUCACCAGAAAGAGCCGUGGGGGUAAACGAACAAAUGUGGUCACGAAGCAACUUGGGAUUGAAAGACAAUUUACACGUCGUACAGCUACAUCCUAUGAUGCACAGACAACCCACUACCUAAAAUCAAUUUUUUUCGAUAUCUACAGCAGUAGAGAUAAAUUGACCAAAGACCAACGUCGUCAAGUCCAAAAGGAAACCGGUUUGAAACCUCGUAACAUCACCUAUUGGUUCUCGAAUCACAAGCGCAGAUUCCAUAAUUCGUUACUGGUCUUUAAAAAAAUUAUUAAAGACAGCAAAGGGUCCGUCAAGAAUUAUGACGACUUUUUAGAAUGGAGAAGAGCUCGCGGUCUCACGGAAGAAGUUUUAGAAAACGAGCACUUGCAAAUCUUGAAAAGCCUCGAUGAAAAUAAUAUUACUACAUAG